GUGCCCAGUGUAAGCUACGCCACUCAAGAAGCCAUUGUCUUCCCAGCUCCCACAGUACUUGCUAAUCCUGGUCCUCCCCCUUUGCCCAUACAUGACACGUCCCCUUUCUCGCGCCCCUAGGAGACUACGAAGCUUGCAUGGGGCUCUGUGGAGUUGGAAGUCCAGAGGUUUUGGCUGUUUUGCUUGAGACCUGGUUAUGGUUGUGGGAUUUUUUUUUCUUUUCUGUCAGCUGCCUGUUAUAUCAAUCACGGAGUCUGGAUCUAUUUAUAGUUUGAGAGUACUGUGUCCUUAGUCACAAAGAGACACAGACAGGGGACUGUCAGCUGGUGUUGGAGGAGCCAAGCAACGAGUCAUGAGCCGCUGGAACACCUGAGGGUAACCUUUCCUUGCGCGCAGCCCCGUCCUCCAGCCAGCCCAACCAUGCUGCUGAACCGAAUGUCGUCCGAAGACAGGCACCUGGGCUCUAGUUGCGGCUCCUUCAUCAAGACGGAGCCAUCCAGCCCGUCCUCGGGCAUUGAUGCCCUCAGCCACCACAGCCCCAGCGGCUCGUCGGACGCCAGUGGUGGCUUUGGCAUUGCCCUGAGCACCCACGCCAACGGUCUGGACUCGCCGCCUAUGUUCGCAGGUGCGGGGCUGGGAGGCAACCCGUGCCGCAAGAGCUACGAGGACUGUACUAGUGGUAUCAUGGAGGACUCCGCCAUCAAAUGCGAGUACAUGCUUAACGCCAUCCCCAAGCGCCUGUGCCUCGUGUGCGGGGACAUUGCCUCUGGCUACCACUACGGAGUGGCCUCCUGCGAGGCUUGCAAGGCGUUCUUCAAGAGAACCAUUCAAGGCAACAUCGAGUACAACUGCCCGGCCACCAAUGAAUGUGAGAUCACCAAACGGAGGCGCAAGUCCUGUCAGGCCUGCCGAUUCAUGAAAUGCCUCAAAGUGGGGAUGCUGAAGGAAGGUGUGCGCCUUGACCGAGUUCGAGGAGGCCGCCAGAAGUACAAGCGACGGCUGGAUUCGGAGAACAGCCCCUACCUGAACCUGCCGAUUUCCCCACCUGCUAAAAAGCCAUUGACUAAGAUCGUCUCGAAUCUACUAGGGGUUGAGCAGGACAAGCUGUAUGCUAUGCCUCCCAACGAUAUCCCCGAGGGAGAUAUCAAGGCCCUGACCACUCUCUGUGAAUUGGCAGAUCGGGAGCUUGUGUUCCUCAUCAACUGGGCCAAGCACAUCCCAGGCUUCCCCAGUCUGACACUUGGGGACCAGAUGAGCCUGCUGCAGAGUGCCUGGAUGGAGAUUCUCAUCUUGGGCAUCGUGUACCGCUCGCUCCCAUACGAUGACAAGCUGGCAUACGCCGAGGACUAUAUCAUGGAUGAGGAACACUCUCGCCUGGUAGGGCUGCUGGACCUUUACCGAGCCAUCCUGCAGCUGGUGCGCAGGUACAAGAAACUCAAGGUAGAGAAGGAAGAGUUUAUGAUCCUCAAGGCCCUGGCCCUCGCCAACUCAGAUUCGAUGUACAUUGAGAACCUGGAGGCGGUGCAGAAGCUCCAGGACCUGCUGCACGAGGCGCUGCAGGACUAUGAGCUGAGUCAGCGCCACGAGGAGCCGCGGAGGGCCGGCAAGCUGCUGCUGACGCUGCCCCUGCUGAGGCAGACAGCCGCCAAAGCCGUGCAACACUUCUACAGUGUGAAACUGCAGGGCAAGGUGCCCAUGCACAAACUCUUCCUGGAGAUGCUGGAGGCCAAGGUGUGAUGGCCCAGCACAUGGACGGACGGACACGAUCCAAGUGGAGACCUCCACAGCCACCAGCCUCGACUUUUUUCACACCCGCAUCGGGGCUCUGAGCUGUCCCAGAAGAAGGGGUCUUCUUGCUUCCUGGCCAUGUGCAGACUCCUGGGGACAGCAGAUGGGGAGGUGGGGAUGGGGAGGGUAGGGGCGGGGGGCUCAUCUGUCACCCGCAUUUUCUUUGGAAUUUUUUUUUUCCUUCUCCAUGGGCAGUGCUAAGGCUUGGGCCAGGGACGACUUCCCUUAGAGCUGGAGACCACCAGAGGAAGCAGCCUUCCUGCAAGGGAUCCAUUUCUGGACCUCUCCCUAUUUAGGACCUGGAGGUAUCUGGAUGGGCAGUGCUUAGUGCCCGGGACCCAAGAGACAUAGAUUGGGGGCUCCUGAAGGUGUUGGUGUCACGGUGGGCAGUCCCUUGGGGCAGAACGUCUCUGUGGCCUAUCCCGAGGCUCUGUUCCUCCUCCAUCUAGCUGGCUCCCUCCACUUUCCCCUUUCUUAUUGUCCCAGUACACCCAGUUCUCAGUGGAUGCUCCUGCUAGAGUAGCCACAUCCCCACCCCGAAGAACCCCUCCCCUGCUUCCUGCCCCUACCUCAGCCAGCCGGAACUCACUGGCUCAGAAAAGAGUUGGGUUCUGUACCCACUGCUCUUUUUGCCUGCUGUUUCUCCUUCUCCUCUUGGGCAUGGCCAGUCUAGAAACCUAUGGAGAAUUCAGGACCUGGCCCCACCAGAGGUCACUUGAGGGACUCUCAAGGUCAGUAGCUUAGGUUGGGGUGUAGGAUAGCAGAGAGACCCAGCGGUAGAGGGAAAGUCUCAUUGCACCUCGGAAAGGAAGGAGCUCUAAAGGUCCCCCUUGGCCCCUCCCUUACCUCAUAAAAAGGCAAGGCUUGGCUUUGUGCCAUAGGAGGGCAGCCUCCUGGCAUUUGCACCAGGGAUGUUUGAUGCAGCCCUCCUGGGUCAAUUCCCGGCAAGACCCUGCAGUCUGGUUGUCGUAUAGGGUGCUCCACCAACCCACCGCAGUCCUAAAACCCCUCAGCCCUAGGCACAUGAAUGCACCUUUCACCCACCCAAAAGGCAGUCCCAGGCUCAUGCUGUGUGUGUCCUUGGGUUUGGGUUGACAGGAUGUCCUAAAGAUGAAGCGGUUCAUUCUGGAAAAUGGACACGCCACUUUCAUGACAAGUCCUCCGGCUUUACCUGCUCUGAUCCCUUCCUGGAGUGCAAGGGUCCCCUCUUUCAGGCGUUCUGGCACCUGCCACUACUGCUGGCUCUGCCUCCCGGGUGACACCUCUAGGAGACUGGUCACUUCACAGACUUAAUGCUAAACUUCCCCAGAGAGCCUUUCCCUGCCCUUUUGCCCACAAAGGGGUUCAUGCCUCUGCAUGGGCUCUCCUUGCCCAUGAUCCAAGGUAGAUACCACUUUUGUGUUAAACUGGGUUAACUCUUAGGGGCUGGGUUUAGCUAUCCUGGCUUCUGAAAACUCCCCCCAGCCACACUGUGGAGAGGGGGUGUCACCUAAAAUUCCACCUAGUUCUCAGAAUGUCUUCUGGGCCUAUGAACACACCAGCAAGGGUUGGACAAACACCCACAGCUGCCUGAGCGGACACACUGCUUUGAAGCAGCAGCAGCAGCAGUUAAAUGGGCACCUCGGCUCGGCUCCUUGAUCUAGUGAUGCAAGCACCCCAUACGGCUGCUUACCUGCCGAAGAGAAUGGACCAGUGACAGUUGGGUGCCCUGUAGGGAAGCUGGGUGCCCUGGGCACCUGGAGUCAGAGGGUAGAGCCCACUUGUUCAAAGACUAGCCAGAUGAGAGACAUCUGUGAUGCCAGGGUGCUCAAAACAGGAAAAAGCAAGAGAGACCCUCUCCUAUUCCCACCUCCCCCCAGUCAGAGCAAAAACCCAGGCUACCUUCCAUAUCCAUUUCUGGAACCCAUGGAGAGGAGGCCUCUCUCUGCUAGUGUGUAUUCAGAUAAAGAUUAUUUCAACCCAGAAAUAUAAACAUAGCUAACCUUGUACCUUGUAGAAGGAGGUGCUGGCUGGGAUCUCUUUCUCUCGUUCCCUAACCUUUCUGAAGAUUCUGGAUGGUUCUGGCGUGCCUCCCAGGUUUUGCAUCCGUGAACAGAUGACUUCCCAUGGACAGAGCUUGAGAAAUACGAGGCUCUCAUUUGGGCCUAGCAGGGUCAGAGCCUUUACUAUCUGUGCCUGGUCCUUCCCUCCAGACUUGACUACUCAUGAGAAACAGGUGGCAGGCAAGGAUGACAGACGUGUGACAAGGAGACAGGAGGGCCCAGAGUCCAAGCCCAUGGAACAGCACCAAAGAGAAGCACUAUGUGGAGAGAUUGCUUUAUUUUCUGAUAAUGACGUUGUGGCUGGAAUGACUUAAGAUGUAUAUAUUUUUUAACCGGCAGUCCUUCGUGCUGUCUCACCCCCCUGUAUGGACAUGUCCUCCCACGGCCCUCAUGUAAACUACAUGCCCUGGGAUUAUCUCCCAUCCAGUCCCAUGUAUCUGAAAUCUAAUAAAUAAGGAAAGGUCUGCUGA